ACAUUAGGACUUUCAGCAUUUCACAAGUCUCUUUAGAUCAUCUGAUGUUUCUGUGUCUGCAGUUCACACCUGAUUAUUGUGCCAAAAUGUUUAUCUAUGUAAUUAUAUUACUAUCAUCAGCUCCAGGUUCCAGAGCAGCAGAGGUCAUCACACCAUACAGUGCUUUGCAGUUUGCUGUUGAGGGUGACAGUGUGACACUCUCUUGUAGCUACACUGGUUCUGUUCGAGGUCUUCACUGGUAUCGUCAAUACUCAGGUUCACCACCAAAGUUCCUCAUCCUGGAGUCCUAUGGGACAGUUACUAAAGCUGAUCCUCCAGUUGCUGGAGUCUCAAUUAAUCACAGAAAAGACAACAGUAGUGUGGAUCUGAAGAUCUCCUCUGCUGCUGUCACUGACUCCGCUCUCUACUACUGUGCUUUGGAGCCCACAGUGAAAGGAAAUCCACUGCAUGCUGUGGAUUUGCUAAUAGAAUUGGACCAAGUGAAGUUUGCUGUUGAGGGUGACAGUGUGACACUCUCUUGUAGCUACACUGGUUCUGUUCAAGGUCUUCACUGGUAUCGUCAAUACUCAGGUUCACCACCAAAGUUCCUCAUCCUGGAGUCCUAUGGGACAGUUACUAAAGCUGAUCCUCCAGUUGCUGGAGUCUCAAUUAAUCACAGAAAAGACAACAGUAGUGUGGAUCUGAAGAUCUCCUCUGCUGCUGUCACUGACUCCGCUCUCUACUACUGUGCUUUGGAGCCCACAGUGAAAGGAAAUCCACUCCAUGCUGCACAAAAAGCUCUUUAA